AUGGAGGCGGACUUCCGAGAGCUAUUGGCGCCGCCACCCAAGGAGCCCGAAAUCUCGAAUAUCAACAAUGUGCUCUCCAUCCAGCCACUCCCGCAAGCCUCCCUUGCAGCUGAUGACUACUUAGACGAGGACGAUGACAUAGAUGUGGUGGGACAUCAGGAACAAGACGAGGAGCUUGAGGUAUCCGACGCCGACUCUGACGACUUCCGCCUCAAAGCCGACAUUGCCAAGCUCGAUGCCGACGUCGCAGCAUUCAAGGCUUCCAUGGCUGCCGAUUCUUCGGACGAGGAUGAAGAUGUCCUCGACCCACGGCUAGCUAUGGGCUCGGGUCUGCCUCGCAAGCGAAAGCUCAAACGGCCCAGGUUAGACAUUGCGCCGGGAUCCAAGCGCCGCGCCGCCAUCCCAAAAGGCAGCAACAUUGCCGCCCCGUCUGCAGACAUCAUGGUGCAGCUUUCCAAGGCAUCCGAGGCGUGGGGCCAGGGGCGCUUCGAGGACGCGCUCGAGAUCACCCUGGAGAUCAUCCGGGUCAACGCCGAGACCUGGGACGCCUGGGUCAUGUUGUCGUCCAUCUACGAGGAGACGGGGGCCAUGGCCGACGCCAUUAUGGCGAAAUGCUUCGCGGCGCAUCUGCGGCCCAGGGACUUUGACGGAUGGCUGAACUGCGCGAACUACGCGCUGGACGACGUCACACCGGGUCAGCGUGAGACCAACCUCAGCAUUGCGCAGCUGUGUUUCUCUGCCGCUAUCAAGGCCAACCCCAAGAGCCUUAAGGCCCGCGUCGGCAAGGCAAACUGUGCGCUGGAGGCGGGGAACUCGAAUGUCGCCGCCGCGGAGUACUCUAAAGUGUUGAAGAGGAGGCCGUACGACAUGAUCUUGUUACGCAAUAUGGCGGAGGCGGCGUUUGAUGCAAGGAAUGCGAAGAGGUAUGUCGAGCAGGCCAGGGGGUUCUACGAGAACGUGAUCAAGUGGAUUCGUUCCGGCGGACAGCCUCUGAGGGGAAACUUUGAGUGGUCCGAUGUCAUCAUCUUUGUCGAGAUGUGUGCAUUUCUGGAGAAGUACAACGAGGCCGCACUGGCUCUGCGGUCACUGGCGCGAAUGCUGAUUGGAAGGGCCGUCGAGGAGUUCUGGGACAAGUACGAGGAUGAUCGGGAAUGGGACCAGGAGGAUGACCGCCGUAAGGAGGUGGCCGAGUAUGAUCCUGACAAGUACUCGUACGGAAUGUACGGUCCGGCGCUGCCACUCGAUCUUCGAGCCAAGUUGGCCAUUUUCCGGCUCAAGCUUCAGCAGGAAGAGGAGGCUACUCGCCACAUGCAGUGGCUGAACUCACAGGACGCAGACAUUUACAACUUCUUUAUCGACACCCCUUUCGUCAUCAAAGAUCUGGCAAAUGAACUCUUUGAGGCCCGCAGGAUAACAACCGCUCUGGAAUUCUACGACCUAUACCGAAGAUUGACAGGAGAGCCUGACGCAGAAAUUCUUGUCCAACAAGGAAAAUGCCAUCUGGAAAUGGAGGACCAGGCCACAGCUGAGGAAUGCUUCAUCGCCGCAAUAGAGAUUGACGAUGACAAUAUUGAGGCGCGUUACGAGCUUGCCCAGAUGUACGAGACGAACCAGGAGCAAGAGGAGGCUUUCCUUCUGGUCAACGAGGCUCUCCAACUUGAGCGCGACCAGAGGAGAGAAGCUCGGAACAAUGGAGAAGAAGACGGGGGCGACCAGGCGGCUGCAAAGACGAGGCAGAAACGAGUCCGACAGAAGGUUCUCCGCGACAGGGCCGCCAGGCCAAAACGGGCAAGACGUGUGUACGUCCGACGCAUGGCGAACAAGGCGCAGCGGGAAAAAUACGAGGAGAGCGUCACCAACAACUUCAAGGAGAAAUACCAGCGGGUGUUGGAUCUGCGCGAGCAGAUGGCGAGCGGGAACAAGGAUGCCGAGGCGGAGUGGAUGGCGGCUGCGCAGGACCUAGUGGAUGACUUCCGUUCUUUCAAAGAGUUCUACCCCUGGGACAAGUACCUUAGCUUCAUGGGGUAUGGGUCAUUCUUCCAGGAGAACAGGAGGAAGAGAGAGCAGAUGCAGCAGCAACAGCAGGAGCAAGAAGCGCAACAGCAGGGCGAGGGCGGUGGUGACAGGGACGAGUCAGAGACCGCUCAUGCAAACAAUGAGCUCGAGGCCAUGGCGGAGCGAUUGCAGCAGAACCUCGCGCCCGAUGAAGGCGAUGGCUCAUUGCAGCCCACCCUCAAACGCAACGAGCAUCGUGGCAUUCCUUUCGACGAGUGGCUCGACCUCUUCCUCGAGUACGCCAUCAGCCUCGCCAGGCACCAGAAGGCAAAGGAGGCGUACCUCGUCUGCCAAUCCGCACGUGACUCCAUCGUCUACAAAUCUAGCGACAACACCUUCCUUAUUCACGUGGCAUGGGCUGCGUGCGCGGUGUACGCCGCGGACGAGGAGACUUGCGUCGCGGUGGCGCGAUUCUUCAUGCGUAACAACGUCGCGGCGACGGACGGCUACCGGGUAUUCAGCGCGUUGUGCCGGGUUUGCCAGUCACCCGUCUCAUGGUACGCGAGCGGGCCAGCGCAGAAGUACAUCCUGCGGCAGAUCAAAGCAAUGGACCGGACACUGCUGCCGCACGACAUCGCCGAGUCGGCGAUGGGGGCGUGGGACCGGGCGGUGCCGCGGGAGGAGGGCCAGGGCCCGCGGCACGAGGCGCUGGACGUGGCGCUGCUGAUGCUGUACGGGCACAUCCUGCUGACGAGCACGAGCUACACGUACGCGCUCAACUACUUCCUGCGGGCGGCGGCGCUGGACCCGCGCAACCCCAUGGUCAACCUCAGCACGGGCAUCGCCUACGUGCACUACGCCAUGAAGCGCCAGGCCGAGAACAGGCAGUUCAUCAUCGCCCAGGGCAUGCACUACAUGUUCGAGUACUACGGCGCGCGCUCCGCCUCCCCUGACGUCGUCGAGCGCCUCGAGGCCCAUUAUAACGUCGCCCGCUGCUACCAUCUGCUCGGCAUCUACCACCUCGCCGUUGAGUUCUACGGCCGCGCUCUCACCGAGGCGCGGGAGCACAGAGACAAGGAGGGGGGUGAGAAGGAAGGGGAGAUGAUCAAGGAUUUUGUGUAUGAGUCGGCGGUCAACUUGAGGACGUACUCGCUUACGAACGGGGACUAUGAGAGUGCCAGGGCGUUGACGGAGGGAUGGCUUGUUUUGCAGAUCCAAUUUCUGAUACGUCUCGUCAACCAUGGUGCAUCCUCAGGAACUUCGUCGCUCGCUGUCGUCCAUGAACUCAAGAAAUUCGGGAGGUCUCAAAAUGUCAAAGUGCAUGAGACGACGGAGCUUGACCCUGGUAUAAGCUCCAUCAUCGUCACCUUCCGAACUCCGACUCCGACAUGCAAUUCUCGCCCGAAGCAGGCCAUGGCCAAUCUUGAGACCGGCUCCUCACCUCCGCCUUAUGAAGCAGCUGCGUAUCCCAAGACACGGCCAACACGUCGCCUGUGCGGGAUAUUUACGUUGCGCGUCGGUGUGGCCCUUAUGGUCUCCGUAUUCCUCAUUUCUCUAAACAUAUACCUGAGCCUUUUAUCCCGCACCAAAUCGUCCGCCCUGGAGGAAAAGAAAUUCCAAGCAGGCAUAGCCGCAUGCGCUGCCAUCACGAAGCUUCCAACCAGAUCCGACCCCAAGGAGCGCAAGCAGAAUCCGAGAUGGAACGCCGCCAGCGGGCAGAACCACACCGUGGUCCUACGCAACGCGACGCUCUUUGAUGGCGCAGAUACUAUCGAGGAUGCCAUGGACAUCGUCUUCUCCAAGGGCCUGAUAACCUCCGUGACGCCCUCGCACCGCGCCCUCGCCGCCCCGGCCGGCGCCGAGGAGGUCCAGCUCCACGGCGCGUACGUCACGCCGGGGCUCGUGGACAUGCACUCCCACCACCUCGUUGAGGACUGGCCGGCGGUGAGUGACAUCGCGGACGGCAACGAGAUGUUCGGCGGCUGGGGCCCUCUGACGCCCUUCGUGCGCGUGCUGGACUCGAUGAAGGCGUACGACGUGGCGACGAAGCUUGUCGCCAGCGGUGGUGUCACCGCCAGCCUGAUCAUCCCCGGCAGCGCCAACAUCAUGGGCGGCGAGGGCACUGUUGUCAAGAACGCUUGGCGUUCCGGCCCCAACGCCGAGUUCGUCGUCGAGGAGAUGCUCCUCGAGCACGGGAUACCGGCCGCGGAGCGGACGGGUAGGUACAUGAAGAUGGCAUGUGGCGAGAACCCCAUUGAUACGUAUAAACACACGCGCAUGGGCAACGCGUGGGAAUUGAGGAAGUGGCUGGCACGCGCAAGGGAGCUGGUGGACAAGCAGGACGCGUGGUGCGAGGCCGCGAGCGGCGCGGCCUCUGCGAAGGAGAGGGCUAGCCUCCUGGCGGAUAAGGGAGGCUUCCCCGAGGAGCUGGAACUUGAAAGCACCGCGGGUAUGCUCAGGGGUCAGGUCGCGAUGCACAACCACUGCUACGAGCCUGAGGACUUUGAGACUAUGCUCCGUAUCUCGCACGAGUUUGGGUUCCGCGUCAGGGCCUUCCACCAUGCUAUCUCGGCCUGGCAGGUCCCAGAAAUGCUUAAGGAAUAUGGCGAAAACCUGACAAUUGCCACGUUCGCCGAGUUCGCGCUCUACAAAAAAGAGGCAUACGCUGCAAGUCUCUCAGCAGGCAAGAUUCUGAAUGACCACGCAAUACCUGUCGCCUACAAGUCAGACCACUCGAUGGAGGACCUUAACUCAAAGUAUCUUCUACUCCAGUCCGCUGUCGGUCAUAGCUUCGGGCUUCCCGCGGAUAAGGCUCUCCAGGCCGUCACCUCUGUGCCCGCCGCCUCUCUAGAAAUCGACAACCGGAUAGGGUAUGCCCGGGCAGGCUACGACGCCGAUAUUGUGGUCUGGGACUCGCACCCGCUUUCCAUUGGCGCGACGCCGAGGCAGGUCUUCAUCGACGGCGUAGCCACUCUGGACCCUGCCCAAGUCGAGAAGAGCUCGGCCCGUGUGGCCGUAGGGCAGGGUAUUGAUGCGCACCGGGGGGCCGGCAAGCCCGCCAUGCGGGCCACAGUACCCCACGAGGAGAGGGAGCGCCUGUGCUCUGGGUCUCGGGAACAGGGCAGGGGCUUUGUGAUCAGCGGCAUCACCAGGUCGUUCUUGGAGGAGUUCCCUCAGUUCCUGAUCGCCGCUGAUGGACAAGGGUCUGCGCAGGACAAUCUCACCAUGAUCAUCGCCGACGGACAAGUGACCUGCCUCGGAACUAGCGCAGACUGCGGUGCAGCAGCCAGCAAGCUCCAUGAAAGCUAUAAUGACGAGCAAAUAACUUCUAUCCAUCUCAACAACGGCCACCUCAGCCGCGGGCUGAUCGCGGUGACAUCCUCUCUCGGCAUCGCGGAGAUCGCCAUGAACCCUACUACGGGUGAUGGUAUUGUGAAGAUGGCCGGGUCAGACGGCGCCAGUGGCAGUUCCGUCGUCGACCACGCGAAGUACGGGGUGACCCUUGGCGGCGGCAAGGCCAAGUCAAAGACGUUCGCUAGGGCGCGGCUGGGCGGCGUUACGCGGGCUAUACAAGCACCCAUGACGGAGGGUGGCCUGAUUGUGGGCGUAUCAACGGGGAUGAGGACGGGUGUGGACAGUACCCUCCUGAACGGGGGAUUAUUCCAGGAGGAUGUGGCCUUGCAUGUUCUGCUCGGCGAGGACGCGAAGCUGAAUGUGGGGGCUGUGAGUGUGGCUAUUGAGAGGUUGAGGGGGCUGAUCAGGGCGGGUGGUCAGAAGGGGGAGAAGGGGACUAGCGAGGGUGAUGUUGAAGACCCGUGGGUGCUGGUUGCUAAUGGGUCGCUGCCUCUGGUCGUCAAGGCAGACAGCAACCAUGACAUCCAGCAAGUUAUUCUGCUGAAGAAAGACUACCCGACUGUCAACGCGGUCAUCUUGGGAGGCCAUGAGGCACCUCUGCUAGCAGAUGAGAUCGCCAGAGCCAAGAUAUCUGUGAUCUUCACGGGCACCAGGCCCGGGCCGGACUCAUGGACUAAGAAGGACUCGCCGCCCGGCCCGCCCCUCGGUCGAAGCCCGUCGGACAUUCUCACCGAGGCUGGAGUUCUCUUCGCGGUAGCUAUCAACACUGACGGCGGGCCCCCUGGAGACGGCCGCAUCCAGUCACUCGCACUGGAGGCGUCUUGGACCGCCAAGUACGCGGGUCUGUCAGAGCACGAGGCUCUGCGGCUCGUAUCGACGAACGUGGAGGAGAUCCUGGGACUGGAGAAGAGCGGUGACGUAGUGGUGUGGGAGGGCAACCCGCUUCAGUUUGGGACGCCUGUGCUGGCAUUCCAGGCGCAGGAUGGUGGGAGGCUGGAGGUUGGUAGCUGCUGGCCGAAUGAGGCCGAUGAGAGUCACUACGAGAGCUUCGAAUGCACGAAUGGCAUCUCAAUAAGAUAUGAAAAGCACAAGCUGGUCGGCGCUGCGCACCCGAGUAUCUGCCUGGGUGGCCUCAGCGGGAGAGCCAGAGAGGGUAGCUGCAUAACAGGCCCGGGAGGCUUGUACCGCGAGAUGAGAUUGGGCGAGAUUCCCGAGGAGCGGCUUGGGCCAUGUGCGAGUGUGAUACGUCGUGUCUCGCCCUGA